AUGCUAUCAAUUCCAAUUGCUAAAUUAAUUAAUCUUUCAUUUGUAACUGUUGACCAUGAAAUCAUACUAAAGAAACCAUAUCACUAUGGCAUACGUGGUAUUCCUUUAUCAUUACUUCAUUCAUUUUUAACAAAUAGGGAACAAUUGAUAGAUAUCCACAAUUCUCUGUCCUCUCAUAAAACUAUCCACCAUGGUGUACCCCAGGGUUCUGUCCUAGUUCCACUUUUGCUUCUACUUUACAUAAAUGAUCUUCAUGUCGCCAUCAAAUAUUCCAUGAAUCUCACCUGGAAAAGCCAAAUAAAUAACACUAUCUCUAGUCUCAAAAAAGCUACUGAAGCUCUUGCAAAAAUUCGCCAUUUCGUUCCCAAAUGUGUCCUCAUUCAAAUUUUGUGGUGUCAAAAAAGUUUUCUCACCCGUCAGAUAGAAGUUCUUCAAAAUCAUGCAGACUGUAUGAUUUCUUUUAGUACCUUCAAUGCUACUCUAAAUCCUCUUACUGGAACCUUAGCCUACUUAAAUUCUCUGAUAUGA